GUAAGAGUAUAUAAGUUACCCUAAUAGCAUGCAGGGGGAUGACCCUCCUUUCUUGCCAGUCGGCACAGAUGUGAGUGCCAAGUAUAAGGGAGCCUUCUGUGAAGCCAAAGUCAAGAAAGUUGAACGCAAUAUUAAGUGUAAAGUGACACUAAAAGCAGGUGGAGGUACAAUUACAGUGAAUGAUGAUGUCAUUAAAGGCACAUUACGUGUCGGAAGCACUGUGGAGGUAAAGCAAGACCCUAAAAAGGACGCUAUGGAGGCUGUUAUUUCCAAAAUCCAAGAUUGCAGUCAGUAUACUGUUGUAUUUGACGACGGAGACAUAACUACACUACGGAGGUCCGCUCUAUGCCUGAAAAGCGGGAGGCAUUUCAACGAGAGCGAGACUUUAGACCAAUUACCACUCACGCAUCCAGAACAUUUCUCAACGCCUGUUAUAGCUGGGAGAAGGGGAAGAAGAGGAAGAGCUCAGUCUGAAGAAAGUGAAGAAUCAGGCAGCGGUCGUCGUCAAAAAGCAGAAAGUGUGGAGCGGGAACGCGAACCACAUGUUGGGCGAGUGGUACUGGUAGAGGCGGCGGGAGGCGCAGAGAGACGGAGGCCUCAUCAACCGGCGUUCCCAGCACUCGUCGUCGCGCCAACCGCGCAAAUUAAAGUCAAGGAAGACUAUCUCGUGCGCUCCUUUAAGGACGGACGAUACUAUACAGUGCCGAAGAAGGAAGCGCGUGAGUUUCGCAAAGGAUCAGCACCAAUAGAGUGGAGCGGCGUGGAAGCUGCGCUGCAGUACCUCAACAACGCUGUCCUACCACCACAUUGGGACCGCGACACAUUAUUCAAUGAACCCAGGAAUACUUCCGAUGAUAGUUCGGAUGAUGAGCCUCGCGAAGAGAAAGACCACUUCGUGGCGCAGCUGUAUAAGUUUAUGGACGACCGCGGCACACCGCUCAACCGCAACCCUACCAUCGCCAACCGAGACAUAGACCUCUACAGGCUUUUUAGGGUGGUACAAAAACUUGGCGGUUACAACAGGGUAACAAACCAGAACCAGUGGAAAACGAUCGCGGACAAAAUGGGCUUUCAUCCUGUCACUACCAGCAUAACUAACCUUUGCAAACAAGCCUAUAAGAAGUUUCUUCACAGUUUCGAAGAUUUCUAUCGCAAACUGGGAGUAACAUUGGUAGCACAUCCUCGCGGGGCACGGACACCUCCAGCUGGCAGGUCGCUUAUUCGUGAUCGUGAUAAACAACUACCAACGUCAUCAUCCGCUUCUUCUACACCUACGGGUACUCCUAACCAGCGCGGUAAAGACAAGGAUUCGGACAAGAGCGAGACAGAAAAAAGCGACAAAAGUGAAAAGGACGAUAAGGAAAAGGCGAAAGACAAUAAAUCGCGCGGAAGCGAUGAGGAAGACAGUGCCGAUAACCAACCACUCGUUACUACCACGCCUAAAUGGGAUACAAUGAUAGUUAAUUGCAAGGAAAAGGAAAAAGAAAAGGAGAAGGAAAAGGAAAAGGAAAAAGAAAAAGAAAAAGAAAAAGAAAAAGAGAAAGAAAAGGAAAAAGAGACAACUGAGGAUAAAAACAUUGUGAAACCACGGUGUCGUUCGGAAUCCAAGACACGAACAACUACGCCGUUGUCAUCCAUCAAAAUCGAUGAAAAGCGUAUUCCAAAAAGAAAACCGUUGUCGUCUAAAACAAGUGAAAGUCCCAGCACGAGUACGUCGCGAGCGUCACGAAGGCCACAAGUUUCCACGGACAGUGACAGUUCGGGUCGGGCUUCAAGAUGUGGUAUCACCAAGAAGAUGCAGUGUCGACGCAGCCAGAGCGCUAACUCCGCCAGCAGCGGCAAUACCAUUGCUUCUAACAGUAGCAAGAGGCCACGGAAGAGAAAAAGUACCGAACCAUCAACAAGCGAGCCUGCUCGUAGAACCUCCAACGUGAAGGCGCAAGUCGGAGAUAAACUCAAAGUGUACUACGGACCAGCGCAGUCUGAGUCAAAGGUAACGUACGAAGCGAAGGUGAUCGAGGUGUCGGCGGAGGGCAUGUUGCGCGUGCACUACACCGGCUGGAACACGCGUUACGACGAAUGGAUCAAGCCCCAACGUAUUGCGCUCAACGUCACGCAGCACGAACAGCGCAACAAGAAGAAUACCGGUACAAGCAGACGCGUUAGAGCUAAGAGAACAGAAGAAGCUUCUGCGCGUUCUGAUACUGACAGUGACUCGGACAGCGAACGAGACGUCAAACGUCCUCCUAAAAAGUCUGAUGAUAAAUCUAGUUUAAAACCCCAGUCGAGAUUAAAAGACGCGGCGAAAUCAAGCGAUAGCAGUAGCUCUAGCAAACCUCGUAAGAGGCCUAUGAGAACUGGUUCAACGCCGACAACCGUUUCACCCCCCAAGAAGCAGCGAACUAGCGUACCAAGCCACGCGGGCCGCGACUACGAUCUUAACGAAAUACGAUCAGAACUAAAGGGACUCCAUACUGUCAAACAAGAACCCGAAGAAACUGUAAAGAAAGAAAUUAAACAGGAAAAAGAACCAACCGCCACCCUUGCGCCAGUAGUCAUACCCCCUCCCGAACCCUUGCAACCUGAGAAAAAAGAAGAAGAUGUCUAUGAAUUUAAAGAACCUGAACCUUUUGAACUAGAACUACAUGAUGAAAAGAAAAAACGCACGCACAGGAUAUUUGAUGACAUUUCACCAAGUAAAUACACUUCUACGUUGUCGAAAUCUUUAAGCGAAGAAAUCUCUGAAGAUCCCCUUAGAACCAGGCCAUCUCUUCGAUCCCCUUCACUAUCCCCCUUCAGAGAAUUUAAUGCAUCUCGUGAUGUUCCGGGCCGUCAAAGCCCUGAAGAGGAUACCAAAGACGAUUUGUUUUCUAUGGAUGAUGACUCCUUUCAAGACGGCAGUUCUGGUCCUAUCUUUGAAGGUUUCACGCCAGCAAAAAAUCAAGAGACCUACUCCAAAAAAAGUAAAGUGUCCAAAUUACGGGAAUUGAUCGAUGAUUCGCCUGAAAGUCCUGCAGAUGAUGAACAAUCUUCGGAUGAUGAACAAGAAGACAUCAUUAUGAAAGAAGACGACAGAGAUUCAAGUACACCAGAAACUUCUCCAAUCGAGACGCCUAAAUCCCCGGAACCAAUAACAGAAGAGGAUUCAAAAUCUGAAAAAGAUUCUGAUCCUAUAAAAGAAACUACUGUGUCCCCAAUAAAUAUGCCAAUAGGAACACCCGAUGAAAUAGAUUUGUCUCAGAUUCCGGAGCCACCAACAACGCCACCGCCGCAGAAGAAGCUAGACUUAACAAAGAUAGAACUUCCUAGCACCACUAUUGAUGUAGCUAGCAUACCUAUGCCUGAUUCAACACCCAAUGAUACUAUAGAAGAUAAGGAUCCGAGCACACAAGAGGAAAUUAAACUCGAUUCUAUACCACUUCCCAGUUCUGAACCCAAAGACUCUGAUCUCAAAUUGAAAAUCGAAAUAAAAUUAGAUCCUGAACCCGUGUUAUUAAAGCAACCCUUACUAGAGCCUCUUUCCAGUCCUUUAGUAGAUACAGAGGAAGAUAAGUCAGAACCUGACAGUCCUGCACGCUUAGACGUCAUACCAGAUCCGCCUCCAGGCUUUCUUUUACAAUCUGAGGGACCUAAGAUAGCUGAAAAACUUCUUAAAGCUAUUAACAGCGCAAAAAGAUUGUCCAUGUCGCCACCUCCAAAAGAGGAUCGCCCGAGUACUCCUAAAAAAGACCUAAAAAUUACAAAACCUGAAGGUAUGAUAUCACCUAUUUCGGGAGAAUUGAAGAGAAGUAUUACGCCUACAAAUAAAGCGGAAACAUUGAAACCAUUAAGCAAAAUUGAGACUACUAAGAAAGGAAGUCCUGAAGUUGGGACUCAAGGUAUGAAAGAUUCUAUAUUUGGGGAACCGUCGAAUUUGACGGACGCGAAACGAGACGUUACGGAAGUGAAGAAAGUGAAACCAAAGGAUCCUACUCCACCAAGACUGCAGAGUCCGUUAAGUAUUUUGGAAAGGCGGAAGAGCGUAGCCGACUUGCCUCUAAGUACGCCUGGGAAGAAUAAUAAGGUUCUAAGCGAUACUAUACAAAAAUUAUCGAGUCAAAUCAAUCAGGCCGCGGCAAAUAUUCCUUUACCAUCGUUCCCACCCGAAGAAAGAAGUGAAUCCAGCGAUUCCGACGAUUCUGACAGACGGUUAAUAAUAGACAAGCUGACAGUUGAGUGGGGCAGCGGUGUUACGGAGCCAUGUCGAGAGACCGCUGUUGCAAGCAGCUCAAUGACGGCGAAAGUCACUGCCGCUCGCGAUCCGCACAUGGGCAAGUCGCCCGGCGAAUGGAGCGCCGGUGAAACUCUGCUUAUGUUGGAAGAUGCUUGCAAAAAUGAGAGGAAACAUAGUGCCAACGUGGUGGUAGCGGGUAGCGGACGCGUGGGAGCGAGCGGGGUUGCUGGAGACGAUGACAGCAAUCUGUCUCUGCUGUUAUGCUCGGAGACUAUUCCCGGCUCGCCCGCACCCGACGCGGAACCCGCACCGCCGAGGCAAAGGCUGCACAUGCCCUUCGCCUGCGCACCGCCGCAUCAUCAACAUAAAGCAGAAGAAAGGCGCGGCGAAGGGUCACGGGAAGCAACGGUGGGCGGGGGCGGGGAGGGAGGCGCAGGAGGGGCACGCGACGGCGCGGGCUGGACGCGCCGCGCGUUACUCGACAAUACGCCACCCACCACGCCCGACAGCAGCGUCGAUAUGUCGCCGCAGCCGCACAGGGAACGGCGGAUAUCAGAACGAGACAGUCCUUCAGAACGCAAAGAAGACGAGGAUGAGCCUCGCGGGAACGACGCUUCGAUGGAUAUUGAUAAACCUCAUGGUGUUCGGUCACGCAAAGCAUCGGAGAGCUCGGGUGUAGGAGUAGGUCCGGGCAGAGGCCGUAGGCGCGCACGCCGUGACACCGACGACACGGCACACGCGCAUACAAUCUCACACCACGCACCGCUCAAGUACAACUUCUACGUCGAUCUAGAUCCGUCUUGGGAUUGUCCGAUGCGCAUUAACGUGCUUAUGUCACGUCUGACCGACCUACGCAAGGCAUAUCAUUCCGUGAAAGCUGAGCUCGCGGCUAUCGACCGCCGCCGCAAGAAGUUACGUCGCAAAGAGAGAGAAGCUGUGAAAGCCGCUAAAGCGGCGUGUUCAUGAUGACAGCUGCGCUGACGUGCUUCUACCUAACAAACGCGCACGUAUGCACCACGACGCUUAUUCGUUUUAGAAUAGGCGUUCGGCUCCGCCACUUGCUAUGCAUGUGGAUUACAAAUUUCAAGUUCAUUAACACCAUCUACUAUCGAUUACUUUGCCAUGUGUUAUACCAUCAAUGAAAUCAUCAUUUUGAUGAAAUAUCACUUUAUUUUUUCGUUAUUUUAUUUUUAUUGAAAUGACUAUUGUAGCGAUCUGUGUAGUAGAUGUAAGUGUUUUAUUGUAAUAUUAUAUAGGAUUUUAUGAUUUUAAAAUGAUUGAUGAUUUCUAAUCGUACUUUGGAGAGGUUUACGUUGCAUCGCCUUUUUAGUAUUGAAGAGUUUCGUGCAAUAAGCAAUGGAGUGUCGACUAUGUUAAAUUAAAUGUAGAACAGUGAUUUUUUUGGAGCAUUACAAAACUGCACAUAAUUACGAUGAAGACUGAUGGAUCGAAAUAAUAACAUGAAAUAUUGAGACGACUAUUUAUUUCCAAAGUAUAUGUAAUUUCUCAGAUUUAUUAACGAGUUUACUUUGAAUAAACAUUCGUAAUGGAUUAAUCUAGAUAUUUUAUUUUAAUUGCACACCUUACAUAUAAUUUGUUAGGAAUAAAACAACACACUCGUGUACAAUAGCUUAAUUAUUACCACCAAUAGAACGUAUUGCAUUUAUAAAGGUCAACCGUGAAUACACACUAAACAAACCAC